AUGAGAUACAAAGAAUUUCGUAUACCAUUACCAUUGACUGUUGACGAAUAUAAAAUCGGUCAGCAAUGGACAGAAUUACAAAUUUUGAGGGAAACUUGGAUAUCGUGUCAGAAUUGUGUAACAUUUAUUGAUGAACCGAAAAAGGAGUACGAAAUAUCUGCCAGUGUACAUCGUCCAUUAAAAGGUAUUCAUACACAUAAAAAAUAUAAUUUAACAAAUCAAACGCCAAAAUUUCUUGAUCUAAUAUCAUCAAAGUCAAGUGGUAAUGGUAUUGAAUUAGACGAAUGUAGUUGGUAUGAUUAUCCGUAUACGCUGACAAUAAUUAAAAAUGAAGAACAUAGAAUUACAAUAACAAUUCAAUCUGUAUACCUUCAAGAUUCAGGUACCACAGACAAUCCAUUUCAUUUAACUAAAGACCAACUUGAUAAACGUACUAUUGAAAUAAUCAAUAUUGCCAGUAAAGUCAAUGAUGAUUACAAAAAAGAAGAAGAUCCAUUAUUAUGUCAAUCAAAAAAAAUAGAACGUAAUCCAUUUUCAAAAUCAUGGUGGGAAUCAUUAACAUCAAAUCAUCAACAUAAUCAAGCAGAAAAACAUUCAUCACAACUAGAUGAUGUGCCGAUAAUGUGUUGUUAUAAACUUGUUGAAAUAUCAACGGAUGAAAAAAGUAAAUUAAAAGCAUUUAUAGCUAAUACAGUAAGUUCUUCUCUGAUAUUUAAUGCUCAAAAAGAAAUCUAUCAUCGUUUUCAUCAAAAAUUAUUUUGUAAUAUCGACAAUUGGUACGAAUUAUCAUUAAUAACUAUACACGAAGAUGAAGAACGAUUGAAAAGACAAAUAAAAUCGAUAAACAUCGACAAAGAAAAAUCGAUGCCACAAGAAUAUGCUCAAAAACACCGAAAAGAAGGCGAAUUGAUGGAUGAGGAAAAAAAACAUCCAAGCAAAGCCGCACGCUUGGUUACUUUAAUGGGAGUACUCAAACCGCAGAGCGAAUCAGCUGCAUGGCCGAAUUGUACAAAGAAAAAUAUCUGA